AUGUCUCAACAUCAUUAUGUGUUCAAGUACAUUAUCAUCGGCGAUAGUGGUGUAGGGAAGAGCUGCCUUUUGCUCCAGUUCACCGACAAGCGUUUUGAGCCGCUCCAUGACUUGACGAUUGGCGUAGAGUUUGGCGCCCGUGUGGUGACGAUCCAGCAGAAGAACGUGAAGCUGCAGAUAUGGGACACCGCCGGUCAGGAGAGCUUCCGCAGCAUCACGCGCAGCUACUACCGAGGCGCAUGCGGCGCUCUGCUUGUGUACGACGUGACACGGCGCGAGACUUUCACGCACCUGCAGACGUGGCUGGAGGACGCGAAGGCCAACGCCAACACCGCCAUUGUGAUCAUGCUGAUUGGCAACAAGUGCGACUUAGAGGCGAAGCGGCAGGUGUCGCGGGAGGAGGGUGAGACCUUUGCAAAGGCGAACAACUUGGUGUUCAUGGAGACCAGUGCCAAGACGGCGCAGAAUGUCGAUGACGCCUUCCUCAAGACGGCCAUGAUGAUCUACGACAACGUGCAGAACGGCAUCGUGGACCCGUCGGUGGUGUCGGGGAAGCCCGGGCCCGCGAGCGCCGCAGCGCGUGUGGCCCCGAAGGGGAAUGGCGCGCAGGACAGCGGGAAGGGUUGUGAGUGCUGA